UCCAAGUUGGUUGGGAACAAAUGUAACGUUAUAGACAUACGCUAAGUACGGACGAUAAUGAUUCUCCAACCUGUCGACUGGGGGUUGAUUACAGGAAUAGCCACUGAUGUCGCCUUUGGCUACUGUAUGUAUAAACUUUAUGCAUAUGGAAGUCGGUAUGUGGCAGAUAUUCAGGGAGCAAAACAUAUCAAGUUAAGUGCAGGAUUGGAGAAGGAAUUAGAGCGAUGCACAGAUAAAACUAUGCCCUAUGUGUGGCUAGAAGGACUUGCAGCUUCUGUUGGCAACCCCAUGAUAAGUCGGUACAGCGACAAAGAAGGUGUCGUCCAGGCCAUCUCCUUAAUAGAACACAAGUCUAAAAGAAUUGCAGGGAACACUUGGGCUGACACGAAACAUACAAUACGAGAUACAUCAGAAUUCAUACCGUUCCUUAUCCACGCUCAUGAUCAACCAGACCACAAGAUUUUCAUUAGCGAACCUGGAUGCGCUGAAUAUUUGACAGACAACCUCAUGACAACUUACGACAAAUUUGAAAAAAGGGAUAAUUCCUCUCUUAUAAAACAUGGCAUGGACCUCAUAUCAGGUGAAGUAAGUAAAGGAUUCCAUGAGAUGGAGCGCAUGUUACUUGUAGGCACCCAGUUGUUGGGUGUUGGAGAACUAACUUUAGAAGGCGGUAAGGUCAAGCUGCGGCCCCCUGCUGAUGGUAAAAGAUACAUUGUGACAGCCAUUGGUAAGGAAGAACUCAUCAACAAAUUCAAGUCGCAAUCCAAAAUGGCAAAGUUCUUUUUCAAAAUUUCUGUAGUUAUAGGCACUUGUUUAUUAACUUUUAUGUUAUAUCGUUGGUAUAAGAAAUUACAAGAGGAGUACCAACGAAGGCAGGUGUUAAGAAAUAUACGAGAAGAAAACAGGAGAGAAAGGAGGGAAGCCACAGAACGGAGGGCACGGAACGCUCGAGAGCUUAGAGACACAGAAGGUGGUCAGGCUGAUGGAGAUAGACAACAGGACGGAGCUGAUGAACGAGAAUUGUGCGUGGUUUGUCUGACUAAUCCACGGGAGGUUGUCCUCAUCAGCUGCGGCCAUAUAUGUCUCUGCUUGGACUGUGCAGAAAUGCUUCCUACCCCGCUUCUCUGUCCUGUGUGUAGAGCACCUGUUGAGCGAUUUGUACCAUAUUAUAGGCCGUGAACUUGAGAAAAAAAGUCUUCUAUCUUGCGGCAUUGUUGUAAGUUCCAACAAUGGUCAGAACAAAGGAGACCAGCAUAGUAUGAUAUUCUGACAUUGAAAUCUUGCUUCAGCCUAAGCAACCAAAAGAAGAGAAAUCCGCAAAUCUAAGGAAAAAAUAUGCAGGUGCUAUUGAUUUUUGCAGUUUUGAUUUUCAUACUUUUAUUAAGUAGAGAUGUAAUUAUGCAUAUAAUCCUAUCAUUCUGCAAUCUAGGAUCAAAAUGAUGUUGUUCAAAGUUAAAGAGCUAACUAGUUCACCACUUGUAUACGUGGAGAUAUUGUUUGAAAAUUUAACCUGGUUGUGUCAUGAAUGACAUAUUUUUCUCACUUAAACAAUAAUUUGAAAAAAACAAGAUCAUGAACAAAAUAGCAUUCAAUAUAAUCCAUGCACUUGUGUUAUUUUUUAGUACAAUUUAAUCCAUAUUUUGUCUGUAACAUUCAUGUCACUAUAUUUAACCAGUAAUAAGCCCAUGCCCGGUUAUCAUCCCACCCACAUUAAUUGCAGCUUGGUAAAAAUUGUUCUCAAUAAAAACAAAAACUAAAGUUUUUAGUAAAAUCUAACAUGUUGGUCCUAUGGGCUUAUUAAAGGAUAAAUACAGUAUACUACAGAUUCCGAAUCAGCUAAAUUAUUGCAUCAAUAUUAAAUGUUAAUUUGACAAUGUUAUCAGAAAUCUACAACAUGAACCAUAUUAUGUUUUAUGUUAUGUUUAUGUCAUGGACCAGACUUGGUUGUUCAGGCCAUUUAUGAUCAGGAUCAGUAGCAUAAAAAGAGCUUGAAUAUUAUUGAAACUAAUUAAUUUGUCAAAUUUGUUAAACUGUUUUCGACAUAAACAACUACAUUGUGUAUUUAAAACAUAUCUACAAGAGGAGUGUGCUAAAAAAAAACAUUUCCAAGGUUUUGAAAAAUCAAGUUUCAUUUGCCAAAAUUUUUUGAUUGCAUUUGUAGAACAAUGAGGAAGUGUUGGAUACUGAAUCAGGGUCUUGUGAAGCAUUAUACAGGUAUUUCAUAUUUCUCCACAGUAUAAGUUCAACAUCUUUUUUCAAGCCUGCUAUUAUACCUAUCGUUCCAUCUUUGGAAGGUAGAGUGUAGAGUGUAGCAUUCAAGUGUUAUGCAUGAUAUACACACAGCGCAUGUAUACUGAUAUAUAGUAUAUAUACUAUACAUGUAUACAUGUGUCUGAUAUAUAGUAUAUUAUUUUGUAAGCUCUUUAUAAAUCACACUACGUCAUUAUUAAAAAAAAGUCGUAAACUGACACAAAUAUCCGGAUUUCAAUUUGGGUCAGAAAAAAAAAUUUUGGUUAACACAAAAUAAUUAGUAGUAACACAAAUAU